CUGGGUUCAAUGGAGAGCACUUUGUUUCGUUUCUUUUAGUUCUUAAAAAUGUGGGUUUUGUUUGAUUGGUGGUUGUGGUGGAAGAAUUGGAGAAAGAAUCAUCAGAACCAGAUCUCUGUGAUUUUUGCUUAGUUUUUAGGACUCAGAAGAGCCUCCCCACCAGCAACAUGCAUGGGUACAGCAAUCUUGGCAACGGGAGGGCUUCUUUGCCGGUGUCUUCUCCGACACAGACCUCCACAGCGUCUCCUACGUGGUCAAGAUUCCGCCAUUGCCACAACAAGAACACUGGAUUUGGUACUCGUAGCCCGAAGAUGCAGAGGUCAUUUUGGGGGUGGUCGGGUUACAUUUUUCUUUCCACGGUUCUUCGCAGACGAGGCAUUCUGCUUUUUGCUCCGUUUGGGUACAUUUCAUUUAUGUUAUUGUAUAUGGGCUCUUUGAGUUUUGAAGCUUCAAGUAUUUGGGGGGUUGUGGUUGAUCAGUCUCCGCCGCCUCCUGGUUCAACUUAUCGUAGUCCUCAGGUUUUUGAGAAGCUCUGGCCGUUUAUGCAGCUUGAUGGCAACAUUAGCUCCAAUGCGUUAAUGACGAUAUGGCAUCAAAAACCACACCAAAGUUGGAAACCGUGUGUCAACAGAAGUUUUUCUCAAACAGGUUUCUCAGAAUUGCCAAUAUCAAAUGGCUUCCUCAUUAUUGAAGCAAAUGGUGGUUUGAAUCAACAACGCCUAUCUAUAUGUGAUGCAGUGGCUGUGGCGGGGUUACUGAAUGCUACACUUGUUACUCCAAUGUUUCAUUUGAAUAGUGUUUGGCAGGAUUCCAGUAAGUUCGGGGACAUAUUCGAUGAAGAGUUCUUUAUAUAUGCACUCAGAAAUCAUGUGAAGGUUCUCAAAGAGGUCCCAGAAGAUAUACUUCAGCGGUUUGACAAUAAUAUAAGCAACAUUGUCAAUUUGAGAGUUAAAGGAUGGUCUAGUCCAACCUACUAUCUGCAAAAGGUCCUUCCAAAGUUGUUGCAGAUAGGGGCAGUACGUAUUGCUCCCUUCUCCAAUAGAUUGGCUCGUUCAGUUCCAUCGAGUAUCCAGGGCCUUAGAUGUUUGGCGAAUUAUGAAGCAUUAAUGUUUUCAGAACCAAUAAGAGCUUUGGCAGAAAAUAUGGUUGACCGGAUGGUUAAGAAUAGCUCCAUUAGUGGUGGAAAGUACAUUUCAGUUCAUCUCCGGUUUGAAAAGGACAUGGUUGCAUUUUCAUGCUGUAAUUAUGACGGUGGUGCGGAAGAGAAAUAUGAAAUGGAUAUUGCCAGAGAAAAAGGUUGGAGAGGAAAAUUUAAUAAAACUGGUCGAAUAAUAAAUCCAGGUGCUAUUCGGAUGGAUGGGAAAUGCCCAUUAACUCCUCUAGAGGUGGGAAUGAUGCUUAGGGGCAUGGGUUUCAACAAUAAUGCCCCAGUGUAUGUAGCUGCUGGAAAAAUCUACAAGGCAGAAAAGUAUAUGGCCCCCCUUCGACAGAUGUUUCCACAUUUAGAAAUGAAGGAAACUCUAGCCUCACCCGAUGAACUUGCCCCAUUUCAGGGCCAUUCAUCAAGGCUAGCCGCUCUUGAUUACACACUGUGCCUUCAUAGUGAAGUAUUUGUCACAACUCAAGGUGGAAACUUUCCUCACUUCCUGAUGGGUCACAGGCGCUACCUCUAUGGUGGACAUGCAAAGACAAUCAAACCUGAUAAGACAAAGUUAGCUCUGCUGUUUGACAGCCCAAAUAUCAGAUGGGAAAACUUCAAGAGCCAGAUGCAAGAAAUGAUACAUCAUAGUGAUAUGAAGGGCAGUGAUGUGAGAAAAUCCAGUGGCUCACUGUAUACCUUCCCUAUGCCAGAUUGUAUGUAUAGUGUAGGAACAAGAACCAUGGAAAGCAACACGACAAUUUUUUAAAUCGGAAGAUAUCCAUCAAACUAUGUCCAGAUUUCUUUAUCGGUGUGAGUUUGUAGCAUCCAUCUGCUCCAUUUGGUUGUCCAAUUCUUUAUUUUUUUUUUCACUUUUCCCUUUGUCUUUGCAAUUGAAAGAGGAAGCGAUGUUAAGGUUUUCAUUCUCUUAUCUUUGGAUAUUGUAAUUUGAUAAUUCAUUGUAUAUGAU